AUGUCCGACGGCAAGACCUUUACGCUGAGCAAUGGCGUCACCAUCCCCGCCGUUGGCUUCGGCACCUUUGCCAACGAGGGCGCCAAAGGCGAGACCUACAAGGCCGUCACCCACGCCCUGCGCACUGGUUAUCGCCAUCUCGACUGCGCCUGGUACUAUCUCAACGAGAACGAGGUUGGCGACGCCGUGCACGACUUUCUGAAGGAAACCCCCUCCGUCAAGCGCGAGGAUUUGUUCAUCACCACCAAGGUGUGGAAUCACCUGCACCGCUACGACGACGUCCUCUGGUCCAUCAACAACUCGCUCGAGAAGCUGCGCACCAGCUACAUUGAUUUGUUUCUGAUCCAUUGGCCCAUUGCCUCCGAAAAGGAUGGCCAGGAGAAGCCCAAGAUUGGUCCUGACGGAAAGUACGUGAUCCUCAAGGACCUUACAGAGAACCCCCAGGAGACAUGGCAAGCGCUGGAACAAGCCUACAAUGAGAAAAAGACACGCGCCAUCGGUGUGUCCAACUGGACCAUCAAGGGCCUCGAGCAGCUGUUAUCGUUUGCCAAAGUGAAGCCGCAGGUCAACCAGAUCGAAGUGCACCCGUUCCUCCCCAACAACGAGCUGAUCCAGUACCUCUUCAAACACGACAUCCUGCCACAGGCCUACUCGCCGCUGGGCUCGCAGAACCAGGUGCCCACCACCGGCGAGCGCGUCAGCGAGAACAAGACUCUGAACGAGAUCGCCAAUGCUCGUGGCUCCACCCUGGCCCAGGUGCUUAUUGCCUGGGGCAUCCGCCGCGGCUAUGUCGUGCUACCCAAGAGCUCCAACCCAGCGCGCAUCGAGUCAAACUUCCAGUCAAUCCAGCUGUCCGACGAGGAGUUUGCCGCCGUCAAUGCUGUCGCCGAUGACCGGCAUUGCCGCUUCGUCAACAUGAAGGAUACCUUUGGUUAUGACGUAUGGCCCGAGGAAGCCUAG